UGUGAGUGUCAACUCUUACUACAGCAUGGCUUCUUUUCAAAUGUUCUAUCAGCCCGGAGCUCUUAUGCAUCUCUUGAUUCUGUGUUUGUUUUUGGAGACUCCAUAUGGUCAGGAAAAUUGGAAUAAUCCAUUUUCACUAGAUAUGAUAGUUUCUCCAAUGAAAAAGAAAAAUGAAUUUACAGUAACACUCCAGGUUAAAAAUAAUGUGGGCGAAUGUAUGGCGGUGAAAGUCAGUACUGUGAUGAAUCCAAGCAUCAAGUACAUUUCUUCUCAUGCCAUUUACACUUCCUGCCUUUGCAGUGCAAACAAAUACUUCUGGGAUAUUCAAGUCUCUGGCAAUACUGCCUUACAAGGGAAGGCAGAAAUUGUUCCAGCUAAGGGCAUAUGUCCUGAUGAUGAAAAGAUAUUUCCAGUAACUUCCUACGUAGAGACUGCUACACAAAAAAUCUUUGUAUCAUGAACUUGGAAGAUAUCUUCCAUAGUUACAUGUCACCAACCUACCUGUGAAGAAGAGUGUUCUUUUCAUUUAUGUUUAUCUGUCAGCAAAUAAAACAGGGUAAAAUGA